AAAAUUGUCAAAAAUGAAAAAUCAUCAGUUUUGCACUAAAAAUUUUUGUGGUAGUUUAGAAAUGAUACAAAAAAUUUGGAAAUUAAAUUAAUGACUACAGUUACUGUAUUUUUGGUGUGAUUCUAGAUCCAAUCAUCAUAUUUCAUAAUUCAUAAAUUAAAAAUUUAGAAAAUAUGGUAAAAAAUAGUGAAAUUGUAAAUUUACAAGUCCAUGAAGUAGCAGACAUCGAAAAGAAGCCUUUGAUAAACGUAGAUGCACUAUGGUGUAUGUAUAUGUGCUCGGUUGUCGCUGCAUGUAAUGCAGAAAAUGUAACAUAUCCGUUAGAUCUCAUAAAAACUAGACUGCAGAUCCAAGGUGAGAAACAAAGUAAAAUUGGCGAAGGUCCCAAAAAAGGCAUGUUGGGCACAACAGUAGACAUAAUUCAUAAGGAAGGUUUAUUUGGACUGUGGCGAGGAAUCAGUGCUGUAUAUUUAAGACACUUAAUCUAUUCAGGAACCAGGUUGGUGCUAUAUACUCAGAUGAGAGAAUUUUACCUUAAGCGCCAUCCAGAUCAAAAAACUUUUGGUUUUUUGCAAGGAGCUCUCGCAGGUUUAACGGCAGGAGGCAUUGGUCAAUAUCUAGCUAACCCAGCUGAUCUUAUUAAGGUCCAAAUACAAAUGGAAGGUAAAAGAAGACUCCUGGGUCUUCCACCUAGAGUUCACGGUGUACCAGAUGCCUUCAUUAAAAUAUAUGAUGCAGGUGGUAUACGAGGACUUUGGAAAGGCUGGGUUCCGUCUGUUCAAAGAGCUGCUUUAGUAACUUUGGGAGACCUGGCAACAUACGAUCUUUCUAAACGGUUCCUUCAGAAACAUACGAACUUGCCGGAUGAAUGGUUAUUACAUGCCUUAUCGAGUUGCUGUGCUGGAUUUGCUGCAGCUAUAUUAUCGACUCCUGCAGAUCUUAUUAAAUCAAGAGUCAUGAAUCAACCAACUGAUAGUCAAGGGAGAGGAACUUUGUACAAGGGAGCUGUAGAUUGUUUAAUGAAAGCUAUCAAAGAAGAAGGGUUUAUGACCAUGUACAAGGGGUUUUUACCUACGUGGAUUCGUUUGGGACCAUGGGCAUCUGUCUUUUGGCUUACCUACGAACAUCUUCGCAUAUUACUAAAAGCAGAAAAUUUUUAAAACAUAAAUAUAAUUUAGGAACAGGUAUAAAUGCUAAUAAAUUUUUG